UCAGAGGGGUUUUCCUGGAGAAGAAGCAAACUCUGAAGCUCCGUCGUGAAUUAAAAACCAGAUCGGAACUUCACUAUUCAUCAGUGAGGUUACUAGUAAGCAAUGGAUGUGAUAAAGACGCAGCAGAUAUCAGCAAGAACCAUCGAGAAAGUGGUCGUUCACCCACUCGUCUUGCUUAGCAUCGUCGACCAUUACAACCGCGUCGCUAAGGACUCGCGCAAGCGCGUCGUCGGCGUACUCCUCGGCAGCAGCUCUCGUGGUGUCGUUGACGUCACCAACAGCUACGCAGUGCCAUUCGAGGAGGAUGACAGAGACCCGAGUAUCUGGUUUCUUGAUCACAACUACCAUGAGUCAAUGUUCCACAUGUUCAAGAGAAUCAAUGCCAAGGAGCAUGUCAUAGGUUGGUACAGCACAGGUCCUAAGCUCCGUGAGAAUGACUUGGACGUUCAUGCUUUGUUCAGUGGUUAUGUUCCAAAUCCAGUGCUGGUCAUCAUUGAUGUACAGCCUAAAGAACUUGGAAUCCCCACAAAAGCUUACUAUGCAGUGGAGGAGGUCAAGGAGAAUGCUACUCAGAAAAGCCAGAAAGUCUUUGUUCACGUGUCUACAGAAAUCGCUGCUCAUGAAGUCGAGGAAAUUGGCGUGGAACACUUACUCAGGGAUGUAAAAGACACAACUAUCAGUACCCUGGCGACUGAGGUCACUGCUAAACUUACUGCUUUGAAGGGGCUGGACGCACGUCUUAGGGAGAUCAGGAGCUACCUUGACCUUGUAAUUGAAGGAAAGCUCCCUCUAAAUCAUGAGAUUUUGUACCAUCUGCAGGAUGUUUUCAACUUGCUUCCAAACCUGAAUGUGAACGAGUUGGUCAAGGCCUUCUCAGUGAAAACAAAUGACAUGAUGCUCGUUAUCUAUCUAUCGUCCCUCAUCCGGAGUGUAAUUGCGCUUCACAACUUGAUCAACAACAAGUUGCUGAACAAGGAACAUGAAAAAGCAGAGGACUCAAAGCCGGUGGCCAUACCCAUCUCCAGCUAAACGGCGUUGAUCAAAUGUGAUUUUACUUAGUCAUCAUUGUCCCCAGCGAUGAAGGCGGCUAUUGUGUGGUGUGUCUUCAAGAAGAACAAGUCGGGUGGUUCGAACGAGACUGUUUCAGGGUGUUAAGAGUUUCUCAGUUGUUCUGAUUCAAAAUGUGUCAAAGAGUCUUUUUCUUUAUUUAUCUUUCAAGUUGUUUAGGGCUUGGCCCUGUUACUGAGAGGGUUCAAGAUGAUACAAAGUUUCAACGUUAAUGUGUCGAAAUUUCCAACAAAAGGGUCAUUAUUAAUCCUAUAAUGAAUGAUACUAUUUAUUAGGAUAAUUUGACACAGCAUAUGUUUUCA